GUGUAGAAUAAACCAGACAUAGAUUAAAAACUAAUUCAUUUUCAUCAACCGAUUAUCCUUGCGAUGUUGGACCUCGUUUGCAUUGCAUUAUUUCUAAUAUCUCCAGCCUGCAGUCUAUUAAUUUUACCUUGAAUUUGAUUGUGGGUUCUGGUUCGUCUGUAUCUCAGGGCAGAGCAUUUGUUCAAAUAUAUGCUUUUGUUGAGACCAAGUCGAGCAAAGCAGGAUGUUGGUCACAUGACUCGAAUCUGUCGUUUCUGUACUGCCUUCAUGGGGACAAUACCACUGAAAGAAGCAACAGUCUACCAGUGUCCUUGAACUAUUUUGAUGAUAAUGGACCUUAAAGCAUGACAGCUAUUUUCACGUCCUUCUUGAACUGAUACAUAACUACAUGUAUCAUACAUGUAUAUGAGGGUGUGAGUGUUGUGUACUGUGCAUAUGCUGGUACAUGUCGCUGAAAUAUCGGCUGAUUAUUUGCAUGAUUGCUCACAGGUGUUGUUCUAGCUCGUCACAUCUCAUGACCAAGGCUCAAUAGAAUCUAUUAUCAUUUGCUACGUCAUUGGACUAAAUAUUGACUGUAUUGAUGUACUAGUUAUCGCCACCACUACCAGCAUCAUGCAUUCCGCAGUAUGUGAAUCGUUUGGCGUUGAGCCUAUGCUACCUAUGGCUUCUCUCCUGAAGCACUCUGUCCAAGAUGGAUCCUCCGCCAAAAGCAAGCUGUGAUAUAGCCGUCCAAACAACCACACCGAGUUUUAAUUCCCGCUCCCCAAUCUUGGACCACAGACUUUACAACUUUGACGACGGUGACUCUGAGUGGAGCUUCCUUGACAUGGAGCCUACUCAACCAACUGAUCAAAACAGAACUGCAAGACCAAAGGCAACCAGGAAGCCAGAGGAUGGGUCAAGACAGAUUGCUUCAUCUCCUGAGGAAGAUGGAUACUGUUCACAGGAAGAAGGUAAUGAGUUGGAGACGGACAAUCAAAGUUACAAGUCACCACUCAAGGAUGCCCCAAGUUAUUCAACUUAUCUAGCCUUAGUUCCAGACCUAGAUGGUGCAGAUUCUGGACCAGAGUCAUCCACGCAUGAUGAAGACCUGACAUCAUCUGCCACAAGCACAAGCACUACUGCAACAACUCCUGCCAUAACAGUUUCUGAAGAUCAGUCAGGAGGAAGAGGUGACUCCACCCCUUUGUUUGAGCAGUCACCAGCAAGUACACCCAGUGAACUAGCCAGUCCUACAAAUGAGAACCUCUCAAUUGAUGAUGCUGAGAGGGAAAGACUUAAAACAGAACUAGCAGAGGUUGAAUUGGAUGUUGAAGCACUGAGACAGACACUAAGAGCCAAAGAGUUGAAAGCAAAGGAGAUCAGAAGAAAAUUAGGAAUCACCCCUGUAGCCGUACUCAAGGGUGAUGUCAAGGCUGGAUGGUCAAAUUUCAAACAAUCUAGCGCCUUUGUGAAUACAUCCAACAAGAUAUCGGAGUGGAAUGAAUCCAUCACAUCAUCAGAGGCGUAUAUUUGGACGAGUACCAAAGUAAAAACUUGGAAUGAAUCUGUAACACAGUCUGAAUUAUAUAACAAGACCAAGACAGGGUUUCAGAGUGCAGGUCAGAAGACAGGAGCAGCCUUCAGUAGCUUUGGUUCAGCUGUCUCAAAGAAACUUGGUGAGGUCAGAGAAUCUACAGCAUUCAAAUCAUUUGAGGAGAAAGUAUCAUCAACGGCAUCAACACUAAAGCAGACCAAAGUUUCAGGACAGAAACCAGAGGAGGAGUCAAGUUUUGAGGAUGUUCUUCAGAGCACUGCAAACGAGAGGACACCAGACCCCCAGCCAAAUCCUCCUCUCCCUGAAGAAAAGGUCCCAAUGUAAACGCACCUUCAUACCAUCAUCUGGCAAGCCACAGGGCAUGUGUACAGAGAAGACAUAACAAGCAGUGGGACUGUUCACACUAGGUUCACAAUUAACAAGAUUGGAAAAUCUUCCUCGCUCCAUGGGACAUCCUCAAUCAAACUGGUCUCGUGCAAUUGCUUCAUUGCUAUGUGGUAGACAUUAGUUUUUUUUUACACUAAACCUCUUAUACACCAAACCUACAGCUUAUCAGCAUUUACCCUUCUCGCCACACAGAACUUGGUUAAUACUUGUUAUGUAUGACCCCUAGCGCAUGCAGUUGCCAUAGAUUUGACACAUUUACAAAGAGAGAGUCUGUACAGAUUCUGUAAUAGAUAAUGGCUCUGUAUAGGUCAAUUGUAUCUCAUACUAAUAAUCAAGGCGUUACAACCUGCCUGUGGUGGAGUGACAAUAACCAAUAUCAUCUACUGUAGUGAUCUGUCAUUAAACCUAUUUCCAUCUGCAACAGUUUUGUAUAAAAAAAGAAAGAAAUGAUGUCAUCUUUGGGAAUUGGAAAUAAGGAUAGUCUAUUGAAUUGGGUCAUUAUGACACGGUGUACUGCUUGAAACUAACAAAUAAAAUCAUCCUGAACCUAUACCACAACUAAUAUCAUUGGAAUCUAUUGGAAAAGGUGAUAUCAUAAUCUUAACCCAUUUACUAUUUCAUCAUUACACAGUUGCAAGUUGGUUGCUCAACUUGAAAAGAUUCAAAUGAAACUUUGCACAAUGACAGGGUUGAGAAAUAAAUAGGUAAUGCUCUACCACAUCAAUGUAUGUGUAGUGAAAACUUGUUAGAGGAAACUUUUAAUCCAGUUUCUUUGUUGCCAAAUUAUAUUUGUAGUUUAUAAAUUGCUUAAAUUUUAGCAUGUAUUGAUCAUGCAAACAAGAUUUUCUCUAACUUUCCAUUGCUUUAAUAGUAAUAGAUGAUCUUUUGCCUGUAAUAGUCACUUUACUUGUAUAUGAUACAUUCCUUUCAUUACUUGGGAGGUGAUAUUUUUCUAAAGUGAACUACUUGGAUUUGAAAUCAAAGCACAUUUUGCAAUCCAUUCUUGAAAUAGUGUAACAGCCUCAUUUCUAGAACAAAAAUAUACAAAAUGAAACAACUGGAAUGUACUUUUAUGUUUUAUGUAAGAUGCUAAAACAUCUUGCGCGUAUUAAAUUAAAAACUGUCUUUUUCUUCUUUAUAACCUUUUAUGUUAACACUUUGGUCUUCAAAGAUUUGUAUAUAUUUGGUAGCCAAAUAUUGAAAUGCCUGGCUGGAAAUUAACACCUUAAAUGCAUUUAUAUGUUAAAAAUUUGGUACACUACUAUUUCAUUGGGUUUACUUUUGAACUUCAUCAAUAGGCCUGUUAAUGUGAUUGAAAGCUAUGGAUGUUCCUUUCCUUGGAUCCCUGUUACAAGGUAUCCAUUAACCUGUAGGUUUUCAUAUGAAACAAAUUAUGAUACUUUUUGCAUACAUUACUUGUUGCUAUUUUAGCUUAUAUUAUAUAGAAUAAUCUGUUUUGAAAAAAUAUGUAUCGGUAAACAGGUCUAUUGUCAAAGUGAGCAUUCUGUCAUUUACAAAAUAUUGUUGAAAUUAAGUCAGACACUUUAUAUAGGCCAACCAGAUCAUUACUUUUAUUUAAUUAUAAAGUAUUUUGUCUAUAAUAUUUACAUUUCCUCUCAAUACUCUUUAAGAGUGAGUACAAUAAUAAUAAUAAUAAUAAUAUAGGAUAUCUAUAUUGCGCACAUAUCCACCUUGUUAGGUGCUCAAGGCGCUCCU